AUGAUCAUUCUCUUUUCUGAAGUGAUCUCGGUAACAAACAUCAUCACAUCGCUGCUCCUCCAGUACUCCUACCAGAUCAUUUUGUAUGAUUUCCAGUUCAUCAUGCUUGCAAUCCUUGCUACGCGCAUGCACCUCCAUCUUUGGCAGGUGAACCGACAUCCACACGGAUCUACAAGUACCCUCGUGCAUAUUCCAAUGUCCGAUAUCUCAUUUGCAAAUCCCACGGCGUGA